CGCUACCAGAUCCUCAUUGUCCUAUCGCACACCAUCUCGCCACUUGAUUGCAAUAUCAAGCAUAUACAAUCAACACAUCCUGAUACAGGAGCCUAUCGCUGGUGCUGCUUGCUCCCUGCAAGCACUCCCUUCGAGGUCACUUUAGCUCCUCAGAUCAUCCAAUCUACUCCCAUCCUCACCCUCCUUCCGAACCCCACGAUGCUCCACUCGUGACCUACAUUCCUUCUCAUCUCCCUCGAGCGAAACAGUGCUGCGUCGACUGAGUCAUGGCAGACAAACAGGGUGCUGCUGCUGCCGCCGCUCCCACAACGGCGAGCAAUGGCGGCAAUAGCAAUGCUCCUGGAGCAACCUCGAAUCCAGCGUCAGCUGUGAAGCCCUCACUGAGGCAGACCAUCUUUCGCUCCUUUCGCGGGCCCCAGGUAGCUGCUCCUCUAGCCUCUUCGGCCACUGCUUCUCCUACAUCGAGACCCAUUGAUCAUCACAAACCCGACUAUGGCUCGUCUGUGGCCAACCCUUUCGACGUCGAUGCAGCAGCAGCAGCAGCUGCCUCUGCUGCCGCCGAGGCUGAGCUGGCCGCUUCUCAAGAGGACAGUACGCCCAAGACCCCUGCGGAUCAGUUCCGUGCUCAUUUGGUUGAGCUCAUCAAGCCUCUUCCCCUCAGUGAGCCUAGACGCGCAGAGACAAUACUCAAUCGAUGUGAGAGACUUGCGGCCAUUGGCACAGCGACAGAGAUGUUGGACCCACCUCCCCCACAAGGCCAGGUCUUCCGCGUAGCCGUCACUCUCCUUGGCGGAGAUGACCAUGCCCAGUAUCCUCUAGCCAUCAAAGAGGCAGCUUGUGAUGUCCUCGCCAAGGCGGUCAAACACUCGGACGAGAAAGCGAGCGCAGCCCCACUGGCUCUUCGAGAGACCCGCAGUGGCGCUCCAGGAUCACAAUCGUCCAAAGCUCUUGACAGCGAUCAGCCGCUAGCCACAAUCGAUCGCGCUCUCAUGUAUCGCAUGGUGAAGGAGUUGUCAGAGGAUGAGUCACAAUCCUCUCCUUUACGCAAGCUACCUUCAAGAGAUGACUUAUCUGCAACCUCGUUCCCGAGUCUGCAUGCUCAGCUACGUGCCCUGCACGCCCUUUCUCGCGAUGGAAGGGACGUUGCGUCCUUUGAUGGAAUCAUCCCGCUCCUCAGUCGCUGGUUGAUCAUAAUUUGGAGAGAAGUCCAGGCACUGAGGCAGCUCCACAAAUUUGUCAAGCCAACUCCCCAGCCUGAAGAAUCCACGUCCGGCCGCUCCGACAGCGGACCUUCUUCUCAGCCCAUCGACGAGCAUCUUUACGUAGAGCAGCUCUCAGCCAGAGAAUGGUCUCUUCAGGCAAUCUUGCACUUGAUGCGCUCCAUCUUCAAAUUCAGUUUCCCCCAGGUCACGGAGCAAGUGGAAGCUGCGUUGCAGUCCCUUGCCUUGCUAGUGCUCACGCCAUUGUCGCGAGAUUUGCUGGUAGACGACGAUAGCACGCCUCUUCGACGCUCUUCGACGUCAGGCGCAAACGUGACGAAUCUGCAGCCCUUGGUGUCAUUGACUCGCGAUGCUUCUCGCUCUCAGUCUCGCGACCGUAGACCUCGAGCUAGCUCAAUUGAAGGCUACUCGUACUACGGCAUCGAGGUGGGCAUCACGCCUGAUUCUGGAUCGGAAUCUUCGCCCAUGAUGACACCACAGCUUGGACCCAAGGCAGGCGGUAGUCUUGUGGCCCCAAUGAAUCUCUCGACCCUUGCCCCCUCUCACAGCAGGAGAGCGCCGUCGCAACUCUCUCACUUGAUCACCGUGGACAAUGAAGACUUGCCAGUCUUUCCUCAUCUACAAGAUACGGAAGUUCGUGCCAUCAUCGAGCUCCUUGAUACAGUUCUCAAGUACGGCUACAUUCCUCCCACAUGCGUCUUGCCUGUCUCGAUGCUGCUCUGUCGCAUUCUGGGCUACGAUUCGGUCGCAGCGGCAGCAAAGACGCCCACAAAGGCAUUGCUGCCCCAAGAUUUCACGCCAUGGCAACAGGCCGUGUACCCUCUCCUUUCGAAUCUGCUUCACAGUCACUCUGCGUAUAGGGCAAUUCGUCAAGUGCGCGAAGUACUACUCAAGCAGAGACCAGGCGACCUGACAUCGCCCAUUGGUGAUGCAGACGAGGAUGCAGAGACUGAGGAUGGGGCAGAGGAUGAAGCGGUAUUGGCCGGAGCUGUCCUCUUCCUCCGCUUCACAAUGACGAUUCUGGCCAACCUGGCCCGGGACGGACGAGGAUCGAAAGAUCCUGCCAUCGCAAGCCGAAUCGAAGAGGAUUUCCUGGGCCCCCGUUUGCCAUUGGUCCUCCUAAUACCGGCAUUGCGUGGCGCGUUGCUGCGCCAAUCUGACAUCGUUGACCUCCAAGUCGUAUCUCUCGUCGAGGCUCUACUACUGCCCACGAAGCCAGUGAUAGAUGGCGCUGGGCCACCGAUUCCGCUGUUGUCGAAGAACCGUCUGAAGGGAGAAGAAUGGAAUGAGCUUCUUCAGCUCACCUCUGUAGCCAAGAGACACAUCGAGGGGUGGCAUUUCAAGGCAGCUGGAGGCGGAGCAGAAAUUCGCGUACCCAUCGUCCUGCAAGCUCUGGUGACGCUCUUGGCCAAGCUACCCUUGGCUAACCCUGAGCAGCUGCAUCUUCCGUCAGGCGAGGCAGCAACACAAUCUUCGCCAGGUGGAGGUCUGCCUCCUCUUACCCUGCCUUGGACUCCGAAGCUGAGCUCGUUGCUUCUCUCACUGGCGCCCACACUUCCCACUCGGCUGACGCUCGAUCUCAUAAAGUAUCACCGGGCACAGCGCCUGUGCUUGCCUGUCAAUCCCGACUGGAUCGGCAAUCUUCAAAGGCUGUUAGGUGCAUUUAUGUAUGGACAGGUCAAGCUGAAGGUCGACAGCAAUACCGUGUCGCCUUCAACGUCGAGUAACGUCACCGCUGCUGGUGCAUGGCAGGACAAGUCACGCAAAGCGCUGGCUACGCUGCUACUAGAAGACGUCUAUGAAGCCGUCGUCAGCUUCCCAGCUUAUCGAGCGACCUUGAUGCGUGAGAUCAUCUUGCCGACGGCCCGUAUGCUACUCCCGCACGAGUCUGACACCGAAGUAGAUACCAAGACGCGUGAGGUACUCAUCCAGGCUGCCUCUUUGAGCAGUGCAGCGUCCGUGGGUGCCGAAGGAGAGGGCGAGGACAUCUUCACGGCCGUUCGGGAGCUGUUCUGCAAAUUGGCCCGCGCCCCGAGUACUGCGACGUCGUCUUCUGGCAGCAAUGGAGGGCACGUCCAUUUUGCAGACGCGCCAGGCUCGCACGAUCAUCGCAGUAAGCGAGACACGAAUCAAGCAGGAAAAGACGAUCAGAGCAGGGCGACAGAGCCUUUGACGGCAGCCGAACCUUUGAAGUCAGGGCCUCUGCCGAUCUCCAAGCCGAUGCAGUCGGCUUUGAAUCUGAUCUCUAUCUUCAACCAAAUCGCCUUCUCAUCGCCAUGGGUCAACUUCGACAAUGCAGAGAGCCUCCUGGUCGAGCAAGAAGAAAAGGCACGAACGGCUUGUAUCGCCAUCUUUCGCGACCUGCUAAGUCUUGUGCAGCCCAGUACGGCUGCCACGGCAGAGCUCGUUGGCAAUGGAAACGGCAGUGUGGAUAUCCUUACGGGCUCGACGACUUCGAACGAGACCAGAUUGGCGAUCCUGCAAUGGUUCUUGCGUAUCAGGACUGAUCGUCACCAUCGAGUCUUCUUGAUCGGAAACCUCGAUGAGCAAGUGGAGCCAUCUGCCUCCAUCAUCCUGAAGACUCCAGAGGCAAAGGCUGCUGCUGCAGCUGCAGAGGCAGCUACUGCCAGCGGAGAGAAGUCCAGAGCGGCCAGGACCGAAGGCAGAGAGGGUGGCAGACGCCCGACUAUGGGAGGCGACAGUGCAGCUGCGGUCCGCUCGAGAUCGAGGGCGAAGGACAGAGAGCCUUCGAGAGAAAGAGAGAGAGGCAGAGCGGAGCGGGUCAGCGAUACGACUGCACCUCGAGGAGCCAAUCGCAGCAUUAGCGCCUCGAGGGGUGGGGCGGUGGCGAAGAAGCCUGCCGCUGAGCAUCAAUCGCUCUGGCAGAUCCCGCAGAUCCUGGCCUUCGAGAUGCCAACCACCAGUCUGCGAAGUGACAUCGUCUAUACGUAUAUCCACGACGAUGAUCCAUCAUGCUCUCAUCAUCAUCAGCACAAGCCUGGAGCAAUGCCACUCCCACUGCCCGUGUCAGAUCUUCUGGCAACCUACAUCAAGAUUAUGGCAAGCGAGAAAGAUUGGGAGCUCGUCUCGUACGUCAUCUGUCACUUACCGCCCCAGCUCUCCAACAAGCAUCUCUUCUGCGGUCCGAAAGCGCAGAUACAAGUCGUCGCCCUUCGUCAAUUCCUCUGCUCACUGAUUCUGCAGCAGAAGCUGAUGGAGGAAGUUGUUCUCCCAGAUGACAUCAAACGAUCCGACGUCUAUGCUGUCUGCUAUGCUACUCUCACGACACUGCUGAGCUAUCGAGCUCUAUUCAGUCGAUCACAGCUAGACGAGAUGGUCGAGGCAUUCAUCAGCGGUCUGAACAAGUCGCAGAAUACAGCCCAACCGUGUGUGAGGGCACUCUCAAUAGCAGUCUACGAAGCGCAAAAGUCGGUCACCCGAAUGCUGCCGUCUAUGCUAGUCAAGCUGUCGACGAUCAUGUCGCACAUGACGAUGAGUGUGCACAUCCUCGAGCUCAUCGCCUCAAUUGGUCAAGUACCUGCUUGCUAUGCCAACUUUACCGAUGCAGAGUACCGGAGAGUCUUUGGUAUUGCAUUGCAGUACAUUCAGUACCACCAGGCCCACUCUGUCGCAACUGCAUCGUCGGCAGCAGGCAACAGAACAAGAGAAGACUUCCGUGCGGACCCUUCCUCUUUCACCCUGUCGCAGUACGUGAUGAUGCUGGCCUACUACAACAUUUCCAUCUGGUUCAUGACUCUGCGUCUCGGCGAGCGCGAGAAGCAUGUCUCGAGCAUCAUCCGAGGCUUGCAGCUAGCGAAUGAGGGUAGAGAUCAGGUCGCUGAUCAAAGCGAAGUCUGCUUCGACUUCCUCGCCCGCUUCACGCACUCCAACGCGGACCCCAAGCCCAAGCGCUCCUUCCUCAACUCCGUCGUCAUGGGCGAUCGCAACGUUAACGGCAGCGCAGUUGCGCCUGCAUCUAGCAAUGGCCGAGGCGGCAAUAAUGGCAAAGACACGGGGCGAGUCAGCAAGACGUGGCUUGUCGGAAAGGGUCUGAUCACCAUUACCGCAUUGCGAAAGGAAGGUUGGAUGGAGAUUGUCAUCCGUCGUGCGUCUGGCACUAUUGCGAUGGUCAGCAAGCUGGAGAAUGUCCCCAUCAGUGUGCUGCCUGAUGAAGACGGCGAACGGCAGGACUUGCCUGCUGCUUUGAUGAUGGACCGGAAUCCGCGUACAGCAGCUCUGGCCGUUCUUCGAGCCCCGAAGAUGAGGCAGAGGGGCAUACGUGUCCCGACGCUCGAAGAUGCCGAGCAAGGGAAGGACGAUUGGCGCAGGCUCGCCCCUGGACAAGAAGCGGCCGAGGUUCUAGGAGAAGGGGAGCGCCUGCGCUCGAGGGAAGUCGUUGGACCUGCGCAUUUCGGACUCGCCCCUCGACCGCGAGGCGCUUCCUUCUCUGGACCAGUAAGCGAGGACAAGAUGAUUCUGAACGGAAGCAAGGAAGCCAGUCCUUAUGAGCUUCCAGACCCAGAUGCGGACCAGCAACAGGCGGGGAAUCUGCCGUCUGCCAAUACCGAUGAAGAAGCUAUCGAAAAAGUCUUGACGAGCGUCCUUAGCGAGGGAAGCAAGCUUCGACAGCAAAAGGAAGAGCAGAGUAACCAGGCCAAAGCUGCCAAUGGCUUUGCUGAGCCUGCUCUUGUCCAUCAGCCGCCUCCCAAGCAGAGUGUCAUCCGAGAGCCUGCCAUCGACCCAAGCACUAUCGCGCUUCAAUUCUCGUCUUACCCGGACAGCAAAGAGCAGCCGAUUCUACUGCCUGACGAACCAGCAACGGCUCGUCUGAUCAAGGCCAUUGAUCUCACACCUGUGGUCGAUCUGCACAAGAUUGGAUGUCUGUAUGUGGGCCCCGGUCAGAAGGACGAAGUUGAGAUCCUAGGCAAUCGACAUGGCUCGCCCGGGUAUGUGCGCUUCCUAGCUGGUCUAGGAGACCUGAUCACGCUCAAGGGUCAAGAAGACGUGUAUACCGGCGGUCUGGAUCGUGAAAACGACGUGCACGGAAAGUACGCCUACGCGUGGAGUGACGACAUUGCCCAGAUCGUCUUCCACUCUGCAACGAUGAUGCCCAAUCGACCGGAAGAUCCUCGCCAUUCCUCCAAAAAGGCACUGAUCGGCAAUGACUGGGUACACGUCGUCUUCAAUGAAAGCGGUAGCGAGUACGUCUUUGGCACCAUUCCUUCGCAGUUCAACUAUGUCAACAUUGUCAUCUCUCCCACUACAAAGGGAGGUACGAAUCUCGGCAGUGUAGGUCCCCUAGACACGACCUUCUACCGCGUCUCUCUGCAACGUCGUACCGGUCUCCCUUCCUUUUCACCCGUUGGCGAUGGACAACUCAUCUCGGCCGGUUCACUCCCACUCUUUGUGCGCUCUCUAGCACUAAAUGCAAAUGUCCUCAGUCAAAUCUAUAAUGAUACUGGGGAGAGCAUGCAGCCUUAUUCAAGCAACUGGUGCAAUCGACUUAAUCAUGUAGUGAGGUAUAAGAAUCAGUGGGAGGUCAAGAGGAGGAAGAAGUUGGAGGAGGAAGGAGUGAUGGAGGACGAUGGGACUACGGUGGAUGCGAAGGACUUUACUUCAUUUACGUGAGGAAGAAGUGGAAGGGGAUUCCGGGGAGGAGCGGUCAAGAGGAACAACGAUUAGGAAAGAAUUAUGUGUUGUAUGUAUAUACUGGGUAACGAAAAGACAAAACAAGUACAUGUGGGGUGCACAUACUGUACAACAACACUCAAACCUCGACCGACUGUGAUUGCGCAACCUCGUUCUUCUCCCCCUUGCUCGCCAUCGACAUCUGCGUCUCCUUCUCCUCUUCCAGCACUCUAACCCUCCUC